GCCGCUGUUCCUCAGGGCUCCGUUCUAUCCCCCACCCUCUUUCUGCUGCAUAUCAAUGAUUUGAUUCCUAUUGGGAAUAUUCAUUGUAAGGCAGACGAUAAUACAGUGCAUGCGAGAUACUUUGGACACGCAGUGGCUGGAGGUAGGAACCAAGGAGAAUCUGGAGAAUCUUGUCGCUGAACUCAAUUAUGCUUUGGACCACAUUUCCAAAUGGGGUACCGGGAACUUGGUUGAGUUCAAUGCCAAGGAAACCCAGGUUUGCGCUUUCACGGUUAAACAUCGCCAUUCCUUCUCCUUCCCUCUCUUCAGGACACAACACGGUUUGGAGGUUCGUUCUAAUCUGAAUCCAAAGGACUACAGCGAAACCGUGAUUAAAACAGCUUCACGCAAACUCGGAGUCCUGAAAAAGUUGCGGCGUUUUUUCACGCCUGACUAACCUGGAAUGUUGCUCGCACCUCUGGGAUGGCUCCGCUAAGUACAUACUCGAUGCCUUGGAUAGGUUACAGCGGCGCGCUGAUUUGGUGAUUAAGAUUCGUGGAGCACUCCAGACCGCGCGUGUGCUCGCUUCCCGAGAAACCGUACAACCCACGGCUGUCGGACGACCUGUACCGGCUGCGUACGUUCUCCAUUACCACCAAGGGCGGCGUCGUCAACUGCGGUGACUCCAUCUGCAACCGCCGCAGUCGCUCCAAUACCUCCGUCAAUUCAACCAAUAGCAGAGCAUCGGACCGGUCGCCGUUCGACGGCUCCUGCUGCUCGGGAUAUCGGCCCGUCGACUCCGCCAGUCUCACCACGCCGGACGAAGACGACUUGGACCAAUCUUUGUUACAGAUUCCUAAAUACAGGGUCGUCCUUCUAGGGGACGCUGGAGUCGGGAAGACCGCGCUGGUUUCUCAAUUCAUGACGUCAGAAUACAUGAACACCUAUGACGCUAGUUUGGACGAUGAGUUCGGUGAGAAAUCCGUGUCUGUGUUACUCGACGGGGAGGAGUCCGAGCUCAUAUUCAUAGACCAUCCCAGUACUGAAAUGUCGGUUGAAAAUUGCUUGUCUACCUACGAGCCCCACGCCUGCUUAGUGGUAUACUCGGUGGUGGCCAGAGGCUCCUUCAUUAGGGCUGGUGAGCUGUUGUCAUAUUUAGUUCGCGAGCAGUUCACCGCUGACAGGACCGUGGUGCUGGUCGGGAACAAGGCAGACUUGGCCAGGGCAAGACAAGUUACCACUAACGAGGGCAAGGCAUUAGCCACGACAAAAGAAUCCAAGUUCAUAGAAACAUCUUCAGGUAUCCAGCAUAACGUGGACGAGCUUCUAGUAGGAAUUCUAAAGCAGAUACGGCUCAAAGAGAACCGGGAGAAGAAACAAGCAAAAAAAGUGGGAAAACAGGAACCGAAGCCGUCGAAAUUGGCUAGCUCCCGCACGCACAUUUCAUUGAGCAUCGCCAGGGAACUGCUACAGAAGAUUUGUAUUAAUGACAUCUCCAAAUCCAAGUCUUGUGAAAAUCUCCACGUCUUGUAAUAUUCUGUGCUCCCGGUAACUUAUCUGUGAAUUAAGAAAUUGUAACAAAGAAAAAUGUUAUUUUAAAUGUAGUAAUUUCUAAGCAUAUUCUAAGACUUGGAACGUAAUGAUUUAGGAAAAAUACUAUUUUUCUUCUUGUGUUAUUUCCCUUUUAAGGAAGUUGGUAUUUUGUUACUGUUGUGACUAUACUUGUAGUUUUAUAUGUAGAUAUGAUAAAAAUAAUCUGUAUUUAAAAUAUAUCGUAUUGAAAUUCAUAGCAGUUUUUUAAAUAAAAAUGACUUUUUAUUAUUUGCUUUAAAAGAAAACUUUGUUAAUUUUUAAUUUCGUAAUUAUUAAAAAUGUCGCUAUCAAGAUUUUUCUCACAAAUUACAUCAACUGCUGAAUAUUUUUCACUUAGCUCGGAACAAAAAUAUAUCUAUGUUUUGUAUUACAUACUUUUCAUGAGUCAUGUUUAUUGAUUGUCAAUUUGUCUUAGGCCCGUAUUAUAGAAAGAUUAUCAGUAAUUGAUCUAGUCUUGAGCGUCAGAGAAAGGGAUGUCGCUAUAUAUAGCACAUAGCGACAUCCCUUUCUAACUGUGCUCAAGUAAAGAUCAACAUUUAGUUGUCAUUCUGUAAUACGGGCCUAAGAGUUGGGUAUAUAAGCGAUUACAUUAUAAGUUCUUCUGUUUUUUUUCUUAAAAUACCAAUAAAACGAUUAGCAAUUUCUUAUUAAAUCACAAAUCUCCCAAAACAAUAAAACAAAAGGUUUUUGGAAAAUCAAUCAUCCAAAAGCAAAGGAGGAGUAUAAUAAGCCAAGUUCAGUUUCAUUACCCAAUUUGUUGUGAGAAAUGUUUAAAGCCUUUCGUAAGUCAAACUUUGAGAGUCUUAAGCGGAAAGGCAAAUCUUCAUUACUCAAACAGUAUCAAGUCAAAUAGACUCUGUUACCUCAGAAAUAAAUUUCAAGAGUUAAACUUUGGCAAUCAAUCAAGUUACAUUAUUAGUUUUCUAGAGGGCUUUCUAUUUUUUAUUAUAUCUAAAUUUUUACUCUGUAAGCGCUGUUAUUACCAAAAGUUGGCGCUGCUCUUGGCAUAAUGGCCAAUUCCAGCACCUUUUUGUAUUAAAAAUUUACGUUACCCUGGAUCCUAAAUGGCGGUAAAUAAGUUCAGUACUUCGUUUUAUUAUUAUUAUUAAAUCAUUGUGUCAUUAUUUACGAAAGUUCUAUGUAUUUUUUAAUUAUCUAGUAAAGUCUGAAAUAUUGUUUGUGUAAUAGAACUCAAAGUAUGUAAUCCCUUAAGCUUAAAUCACUUAGUAACCUUAGAGGCUUAAAAACUUACUAGAAUUUGAAUGAAACUUAUUAUGAAAAAUUUUGGUUGCAAUAUUUUAUGAGUUUAUUUAAUAGAUUUUUUAAACGUUUACACUUUUGUGAAAGGAAAAUCGACAUCAUGAUUGUGAAAUCAUUGCAUUUAUUUACACACAAGCUAAAUAUGCGAUAAAAGUUUUAUUUGGCAAUGAAUUUAUCAUAAAUAAUAAAAUUAUUUGCUUUACAUUUGGCUACAUUUUUAUGUCUGGGGGAGUCUAAUAGUAACUUAAAAAGAUCAGCAAGUUAAAAUUUUAGUUCGAUCCUUAGGCUCCAACAUACUUUUCGUUCAACUAAACGUCUUCAUUCUUUUAUUAAAAAAGAAACUAUUUUCACAUCUGCCAGGUCUGACGCGACUACUUUUUUUAUUUUACUUCAAAAUAUGAGUGACUAUAUUUAUACAACCCAACUAAAAUAUUAAUUUACGUAAUUAGUUCAAAAUAUUUAAUAUUAUAAGUCUCUUCUGUCAAAAGCUCUUAAAAGUCAAUGAUAUAGAAUACAAAAUAUAAAUGUCAGUAUUAAUUAAGGUAAAAUAAAUAAAAAUACGCUUGGUUAGCUCGUAAGCUGAUAAGGUAUAUUAGUGUUGUAUAUCUUGUAUUACUAUUGAAUAUACUAUAUAUAAUAUACACUAAUUAUAUUUUUCUAACGUAACAAAAAACUUUCUAAGACUUUUACAUGUUGUUUCUUAAUGUUUUGUGUGAGUCACUAGAUUACUGAAAAAAAAAGGAUUUUCUUAAAUUGUUUUAUAAAAAAAGGGAUUUCACAUACUGUUGGCCAGUAAAGUAAUUUUUUAUACAUGAAUAGGUUCGACAAAAAAUGACUCCAGCCCACAUGGGUCCUGUUUCACCAAACCAACAUUUAUGUUGCUGGCAUAAUAUGUAAGCUGACGAUUUAUUGUGGGGUUAUCUAAUAUAUAAAAAAAAACUCUAAUCUCAAAAUCAGUGAUAUCAAUGGAGAAAUUAAUUCGUUCUUUAUAAAUUCUCCUAUAAAUAUAAGGACUCAUCUUCUCAAGCUUUUGCGGACAACCAUUUUGUAACUAACUAAGAAAACACUACAAUUUCAUUACAAGAAUUACUGUCCUUUUUAGCACUAAAAUUAUGUCGACUUGUUUUACAACAAAACUGUCGUUGAAGUAAGAUACGGGAAAUUGACAAUGGAGGAGAGCUGGCGAACAACACGAUAUAAUUACAUGAUAUUAAAUUUUACAGGAGCUGUGAAAACUGAAUAGCAUACAUACAGUGAGGUUUUAGCGUGUUUUUCAUCAUCAUCAUCAUCAUCAGCCUGUUAAUGUCCUCCCUGCUGGGGCACAGGCCUUCCCUAUGGAUGGAUUAGGGAAAUUGGGCUAUGACCCACCACGCGGGCCCAGUGCGGGUUGGUGGGUGCUAACGAGUGCAGAUGCAGCCGGGACCAACGGCUUAACAUGCCUUCCGAAGCACGGAGGAGCUCGAGAUAGUAAAUUUUUAGUCACCCAUCCAAUGACCGACCACUGCGAAAGUUGCUCAACUUCAACGACCGCAGCCGAACGCGCUUACCACUGGCGCCAUCGAGCUCCUCGUGUGUGCGUGUUGCAUGUUUUUAAUACAUAAAUAUUUAGAUUAUUUGAUUAAAUCUCAACUCGUUGAGAUUCAAAUUCAGCCGGCCCAAUACCUCCGGACUGUAAACAAAGUAGUUUGAACAGAUGCUUAAUUAUACCGUUUGUUCGCCAGCUCCUCAAUUAUAAUUAAAUACUUGUCAUUUUUAUGUCAUAUGUUGGUGAGGUAUGUCGUUUUGGUGAAACAGGGCCCUGGUAUUAGCAACGGUGGAGUCCAUACGCUAAGAUAGCUGGUACAGCAGUCUUACCUGCAACACCAGCCAUCUUUUAAAGGAUCCCGGGUUGUAGAAAGGAGGGAACACGUGAGCGGGCAAAUCAUUUGCGGAUAGUGCGACAAAGAUAUGAGUCACCAAAUUUAUUUCUUCACAUUGGAAUAGUGACAACCAUGGCGGCCAAAUGUUUAUCAAUAAUCAAAUGUUUAUCAAUAACCUUAACACAUUUUUUAUUUCUUACUUAAUAAGAAUAAAAUGUAAAAUGUUUGCACAUUUUAUUUUAAUUAUUAUUGUUUUCAUUUAGGUAAACAAUUUAUUUUUAUUCAUAACAUCAACCUAACACCGCAUGUUAAAAAGUAAUGUUGAUAAUUAUUCUCUAUGAUAAACCCUACGGAGUUUGAUGGCAACACAUUUGCAUCUGAAUAUGAAAAUAAGUAUACCAGUUUGUUUGAAUUCUGAUGCUUAUUAUAAAGAAGGUUUUGGCGCAAAAUCCAUAGAAAUUUUACGGGGUAAAAGCUUUGAAGAUAUUAUUGAAAGAGUAAUUAUGAAAUAAUCCAUAAAUUCACAUGGUUAGGUAAGUUAAGAUAAGCAACUUGUUUCCUUUGUUACGAUUUUUCAAAUAUUAUGCAAAUCUAAAGUCUAAACUUCAACUAGUCGAGUGUAAUCUGUGAAAUUUACAUAAAUCAAUUAAAUAUUUACAUAAUUCAAAGUCUAUUGACAGUAUCCAGUGACACACACAUACAUAUUUUAUCUUUAGAAUGUGUUUCCAUUUCUCGGAGUGUUAUGUAGAUAUAUAAUAAAUUGUGUGUUAUCUUGUAUCUCUUUCUAUAAAACUACUAUUGAGAGAGAGCCCUUAAGUUUUAGAUAGGAACAAAGGUUUUGAGGUCUGUGCAAACUCUAAAUUUGAUUAAAAAUUAAUAUAAAAGCGACCAAAAAAGCAUCAAUAAAUCGAAGUCAUAAUCAUAAUAAGAAAGAAAAUUUUAAAGCACUAUAUUUGUAUUGUAAAAGCGUUAGAAUAUGUACAUUUUGUAUAUCGUUUUAGUUGAAUCCAUACCUUUAUAUUGAAAAUUUUAUUAUACUUCAUAAAAUACUUUUUAAGGGUUUUUUAAUAACGUUAGCAAGCGGUCUUGAGUUCAAACCUGACAGGCACAUAAUUUGUUUUUUUUUUGUUAACAUUUUGCUUAGUUUUUUUUUUAUAAAUUUGAGUUUCCACUUCUGUCAGCACUACCGGAGUGCCACUGCUAUCUUUUUAAGGCCUUUUUAGGAAGAACAAAUUAGAUAAAAAACAGUGUUGAAUAAGUGUUGACUGAAGCAAAAAUUUGCAUAGACCUCAACUACCCCUAUAGGGGAGAUCGAGCUUUAAAAGUAUUUUAGAAAAGUGUAUUUACUCUAUGGUACUGUUGAAAACGUAUAUUAAAUUAUCUUUUUUAUCUUUGCUCCGUCACGCUCUAGCGUUGGGUCAAUCCUGAUUGUAUCUUUAAAUAAAUAUAAUGAUUAUAUCUUAGGACCUUUUCAGUGUUUAUUUUUUAAUCUGAACUGUUAAUUUAACGUUGUGUUUUUUCUCUGUAUGAUAAGGUUGAUCAUGUGGCCUGGCUGAUAAUUUAGUUUAGUUACUAUAUUAAUUUAGUUACUCGACGUGAGACGCAUAAGGUCUUAUGUUUACAUCAGACAAAAAUAACUUUUUAGACAGGCAAAAUUAGCUCUUUCGCCAACAAUCAUGUUUCCAUCACUUUUCCUUGUUUAGGUUUUCGAGUAGCAUAAGGUCGUAUGUCGCAAAAUUACUAAAUUUAAUCGAGGAGUAAAGUUUCACAUUUAACAUCAGUUUUUAUUUUAUUUGUAAGUCAUAUAACCUAUUGUAAACCUUCUAUUCCUAUCCCAUAUCUAUUAAGAUAAUUGUUUGUGCCAUUUCCCUGAAAUGUGUAGGAGAGUUUUUUUAACCAUUUCUUUACAUAAACAAUCCAGAUCCCUGGAAAAAGGAAAGCUUUUUGACAUGCUACAUACUGUUAUUGAUUUGAAAUUUCUUAACAGUUUUAAUUUGUAUCUCCUGAAAAGUCGAUAAAUCGGACAUCCGACCAUAUGCACGUCACGUCGAGUUAUAGGGUAAUAAGCGUUUUUCAAAAUAUCAUAUUGCAAACUAGUCUAAAAAUUUUAGACAAAAAAAACCAUUUCACAAAACGACUUAUCGCAUUUGAUAAGUGCUUCAGACCGAUUGCGGAAGA